AGCGGGGCAACAUGGCUGCUGAGAGCGACGUCCUGUCUGAGAUCGAGGUUCUACAGUCCAUCUAUGUGGACGAGCUGACAGUCACACACACAGAUGAUGGAGGAUGGACAGUUAGUAUACUCCUCCACCCUUCGACUGGAGAAGACUGCCUGGCCCAGUUUGUACGCCUCACGCUCACGAUGGACCUGGAUCCACAGUACCCAUCAUCUCCUCCUCGCAUCUCUAUUUGCAACCCACGAGGUCUCUCUGAUGACAAGCUGCUCAGUUUAAAACAGAGUUUGCAGAUGGAGGUAGAAUCGUGUACUGGGAUGCCUGUUUUGUAUCAGCUUAUUGAGAAGGCGAAGGAGGUCCUGACCGAGAGUAAUAUUCCCCACGGGAACUGUGUCAUCUGUCUCUAUGGGUUUAAGGAGGGCGAGGUGUUCACCAAGACGAGCUGCUACCACUAUUUUCACUCUCACUGCCUUGGUCGCUACAUCACCCACUCAGAGGAGGAGCUGAGAGAGCGAGUGAAGGAGCUGGAGAAGGACAAGACCAGAGAAGGAGCAGAUGAGGAGCUGUCUGUCGUUUGCCCCGUGUGCCGAGAGCCACUGACGUAUGACGUAAAUACCCUGCUUUCAUCACCGGUUCCGAACAUCCCUCAGCAGGAGGAUGAUGCGGUGGGUGCCGAGUUUAAAAGGAAAUGGGCUGAUCUUCAGAAGAUUCUGGAACGGCAGAAAGAGAGAGGAGGAAUCAUCGAUCCCGAGGCCGAGUCUAACCGCUUCCUGAUUCACAUUAAUGAAGUCCCUGCUGAACCUACAGACGCCCCAUGCACCGAUGCACCAAAUUCUGAACCCACCGCACCACCUCCUUUACCUUCCCCUGAAAGUCUAAAUCCAGCUCCUCUUCCUCGAGCAGAGAGCACAUCGCGGGAAUCCCAGCGCAGACCUUAUGGCAGGAGGCCACAUUGUGACUAUAAAGGAGGCAAAGGAGGGCGGGGACGAGGAGGUAGAAGAGGAGGCGGACCAGCACCUUAUAGAACGGCUCAACCAGUGGUCGACGGACUCGCCAAACUCCGUCUGUCUUCAGAGACGGAGAGCGGCCCCACAAAGUGCAGCAUGCCGACCCAGAACAGUGACGACUGUGUAGAACGUAGAGAACUUUCUGUUGAGUUAAACCAGCCUGUAAAGCCAGUAGUCGAGGAGUGCAUCACAUCAAGUGACCAGGAGUCUCCAGAACCUGAACACGAACUCCCAGUCGAUCCAAACGUCUCGGCAGACGCUGUUCAGCCUGUAAAGCCUGACAGGCAGCUUGAAAGUGAAAACAGAGAAAGAGGAAGGAGACACGGGUCACACAGGCCACCGUACAGCGACCGGCAUGACAGAAAUGCUCCGAGGGAUAAUUCCGGGAGUGCGUAUCACUAUAGAGGAGGGAGAGGACACAGGGCGAGAGGUGCCGGCUUUAGUAAUCAUUACCGAGGACGUGGGAAAGGCUUCCAGCAGAGAACUGAAAGUGAUUUUAGGAAGGAAGGGGUUCUCUGACAGUGGAGGAAGAGAGGAGCCCAGACACAGACGCUUCUCUCCCUGCUGUAUCGCCUGUACCUGCAUCAUAGCUGUGUCUAUAAUAAAAUGCUUCACUGUAUAGACCA